AUGGUCGACAAAAAGACUCUCGGUAAUUUGGGAAGUGUGGGAGUGGGAGCAAUUGCAAGUGAGCUCGGGUGAGUUCUUCAGCUGUCUGAUUUGUUAGCGUAAAGUCAAUUCCGCUAAGAGUUUGCUGCCUGCUUCCCAGCCCAUUACAGCAGAUUUCGCAAAACAUUAUCACAGACUACAUUAGCAACUCGGCACAGCCACACAUCAGCCAAUCGCCACCAGAUAUCCAACGACCGCCACUGAAGAGAUCCAUAUCCCGCCCUACCGCACGUAAGCCGCUCGCAAAUGGCGCAGGAAGCCUAACAGAAAGCCUGGUUCGCCGAGGCGGAGAAGUGUGCUUACGACAAUCUUUACUACAUACAACAUCAUUAGCGUCAGAAUCCUGGAAAGGACGUCCCCUGGCUGGACCCUGAGCCUCCGACAUCACGCGUCGAAUGGAAGCAACAGCUGCAGAUUGUUUAUACCAAGCUUCUCAAGCUUACAGAUCUCACCUCCCACCGCCUCUUGUACGUCAAUCCCUUCUUCUUGACCGAAGAAGAACAGGACCGCGCUCGACGAAGCGAGGAAACCGAGAAGACUCGCCGUGGAGGCGACGAGCUCCAACUCGCCCGCGACGUGUUCUUCAAUGUGAGUGCACUUUCGGCAGUCCAGAGACCAAUGUGCUAAUGCGUACCAAUAGCCCGCCAACGAAAAUCAUGUCGACAUUCCACACGUCGAGAAAGCACGUACGCAGUCCACCAGACUUCACUUAUACCGCAACGCAUGGUGCGAUAGGAGCACAAUUGCGAAAAUCAUCAACAAGUGGAAGACUCCCGGCAACCACGGCGACCUCAUUGCAGAUGUUAUGGAGUACCAGACGCUGGUUCAGCGAGGCACCUGCGACGCCAUGUCUUUGGCAAUGUUCAAUCUUUACCACCGCGUUGGCCCGGAACUGUGGGACAGCUGGACAGUAUACCCGCGGCGCAAAAUGCUCGUCCAGGUACUCGCAACCGUGUUGUAUCCGAUGACCGUUGUUCUAACGAUUUCUUCAGGUACACAAGCAGUUCCCUCUGACAAUCGACAUCCUACUGCAUCCUCUGGAGAAGUAUGCUGUGGAUCUCAUCGGCAUCAAUGUUGUCAAGUCCGCUGUUGCGGAUACAUUCAAGGAAUUCAACGAGUAUGUACCGCUUGGAAAUCUCAUGUGGCUCAUCUGGAACAUCUCACUAAUCCGCCACAGAUGCCGUUUCGUGCUUCUUGCCGAGGCCACCAUGUAUUGGCGCGUGGCCACAUUCUGGGACUGCAGGUGUGUCUGUACAGUUCUCCUUUCGAGUUGACAAAGGCUGACUUCUUCCCAGAGAACCAGUCUAUCACAUCUGGAAGACUCUUGGCCUUGAUGCCGCUGUGCAGAACAGCUUCGGCCUCAGUAUGGACGUGGGUGAGAUUCCAGCUGCACCAGGCGGCAAUUUUGCCACCAAUGCCCGUCGCGAGGUAAUCACGAGCACCCACGGGCAAUACGACCCAGUCGAUCUAUACUCUGGCUGAGGGCGCUCUCGUGAUGACAACAUGACAGCAUGACAAUCAGACAAUCAGACAAUCAGACAAUCAACUUGCUCCCAAGGAUCCGUACAUAACUCUGCCACAGAAUCAUGAGGAUGCAGACAGCAGCAGCAGAAUCCAUGCUGAAGUUUUUGCACCCUACGUCCACAGAGAGCAAAGCGGCAAAGAAGUGGAGCGUAGCAGACGUGUUUGCAGCGUUGCAGAAGUCAGUCCACCAGAACAAUCAAAAGCCGAGUUGCUCGGGAAGCAGGGAAAUGUUGUGCGCACCGUGUGGGAGGAAAAUCAGACAAAUGAGAAGACGAUCGAAUCUCACAAGAAGGAAAUCAAAAAGCUCCAGAAAACUGUAGAGGAAAUCAAGCGGGCGAGAGCUCUCGCCGAGGGCGAGGCCAAAGCUGUCGAGGCCAGCAGCAAGGCAUCCGGUCGAGAGAUCGAAGAGGCUGUCGCGGCCAUGAGGAGCGAAAUCCAGCAGCAGCAGCAGUCAGCUGCACAGGAAGCUGUCCACGACAACGACCUUCAAUGGCAGGAACAAAUCAACAACUUGACAACCAAACUCACAGAAGCGGAAGCCAAGGUCUGGAGCGUCGAUCAACACAAUCAAUCACUCUCCCAACAACUAGAUUAA